GCUUCACAAGCAGGACUACAGCCACACGUUCAUUUGGAGCAAGGCACUUGAAUAUCGAAAGAUUACUUGUGGCAACCGUCUCUGUUUUUUUUUUGUGUGUGGAUUUUAUUUAUCGGCCUGUUGGUACUACCACCGUUUCUUGUUUGUGCAAUGGCGUCCGAAAAUGAUCCUCCCUCGUUCAUAAAAUGGCGCUUGCGUUGCAGGUCAGUAAUGUCGCUUCUGCUGUUCCUGGUGUGUCUCUGUCGCGUCGUGUCUGGCCAAAUCCGGUACACAAUUCCAGAGGAGCUGAAAAAGGGCUCAGUUAUCGGUAACGUAGCUCAAGAUCUUGGUUUGGAUGUGCAAAGGCUCCGUUCUGGCCGUGCACGUAUAGUGACCGGGCAGAGCCUCCAGUACACCGAGCUGAGAACAGACAAAGGCAUCUUAGUCGUGAACGAGAGGAUAGACCGGGAGCAGCUUUGUGGAGAUGUGACGCCGUGCAGCUUCAGCUUCGAGGUGAUUUUAGAAAAUCCAAUGGAGCUGCACCGAAUAACAGUGGAAAUAACUGACAUUAAUGACAAUUCUCCAACAUUUAGAAAGGAUGAAAUCACGUUUGAAAUAAGUGAGUCGGCCACUCUGGGGUCGCGCUUUUUAUUAGCCAGUGCGGAGGACGCCGACGUGGGUAGUAACGGACUACAGAAAUACAUUCUAACCGCCAAUGAUAUAUUUGGUCUGAAGCAACACUCGAGUCCAGACGGUCGAAAAUAUGCCGAGAUGAUCCUACAAAAACCAUUAGACAGAGAAAGCGAGCCAAGAAUGUCCCUGAAGCUCAUCGCUGUUGACGGCGGAGCCCCGCAUAGAUCUGGUACAGUAAAUAUCGAUAUAACAGUGCUCGAUGCUAAUGAUAAUCCUCCCGUUUUUAACCAGUCGUUAUACAGGGCCACUGUUUUGGAAAAUGCUUUAAAAGGCACCUACAUCACGACCGUCAAUGCAAGUGAUGCAGACAGUGGAUCAAAUGGUCUCGUCACAUACAGAUUUUCUAAUCUCAAAGCGCAGCUGGCUGAUUUAUUUCACUUAGACGAAAUUACAGGAACCAUAACACUUUCAGGGCAAGUUGAUUAUGAGAAAGACAAGAAAUAUGAAAUUAUGAUUGAAGCAAUGGACCAAGGAGGUUUAACAGAUUCAAGCAAGAUUCUGAUAGAGAUUGUAGACGUCAACGAUAACGCGCCUGUCAUAAACGUGAUGUCAUUCUCCAGCCCGGUGCCGGAGGAUUCUCCCUCGGGCACCACUGUGGCAAUAAUUAACGUAAUUGACGCAGACUCCGAACAAAAUGGUCAGAUUGUUUGUACAACAGACAGCAGCCUGCCGUUUAAAAUUAAAUCAACAUUGACCAACUACUAUGCAUUAUUAACAGAGGCCUCUUUUGACAGAGAAGUUGUAACAGAGUAUAAUAUAACUGUGAGGGCCGCCGAUUCCGGAUCUCCAUCCUUGUCAACGACGACAAUAUUACGUUUGAAAAUCUCCGAUGUUAAUGACAAUGCCCCAUUAUUUGAUCAAAUUAGCUACGUUGCUCACGUGGCAGAAAACAAUUUCGCCGGUGUGUCCCUAUUUUCUGUCAAAGCACGUGACAUUGAUUGGAAUCAAAACGCUAGAAUUUCAUACUUUCUUGAAGAAACACAGAUCGGUGGUAGUCCAACCUCGUCUUACGUCUCCAUCAACAGUGAAACUGGUUCUAUUCACGCACUGCGCUCUUUUGACUAUGAGCAGAUUAAACAUCUUGAGUUAGUCGUCAAAGCUCAGGACGGAGGCUCUCCUCCUCUCAGCAGUAACGUGACAGUGAAAGUACUGAUCCAGGACCAGAACGACAACCCCCCUCAGGUCCUGUACCCAGUCCAGACUGGUGGCUCUCUGGUGGCUGAGAUGGUGCCUCGUUCAGCAGAUGUGGGCUAUCUGGUCACUAAAGUGGUGGCUGUUGAUGUGGACUCUGGACAGAAUGCCUGGCUCUCCUACAAACUGCAGAAAGCCACCGACAGGGCGCUGUUUGAAGUGGGCUCACAGAAUGGAGAAAUCAGAACGAUCCGUCAAGUGACUGAUAAAGAUGCAGUGAAACAGAGACUGACUGUGAUAGUGGAGGACAACGGGCAGCCCUCUCGUUCAGCUACAGUCGUUGUUAACGUGGCGGUGGCGGACAGCUUCCCUGAAGUGCUGUCGGAGUUCACUGACUUUACUCACGACAAGGAGUACAACGACAACCUGACUUUUUACUUAGUGUUGGCUCUGGCUGUAGUCUCCUUCCUCUUCAUCACGUGUCUAGUGGUUAUUAUCUCAGUGAAGAUCUACAGGUGGAGACAGUCUCGCGUCCUGUAUCACUCCAAUCUCCCUGUGAUUCCAUAUUAUCCACCACGUUACUCGGACACUUUGGGGACAGGGACUCUCCAACACGUGUACAACUACGAGGUGUGCAGGACGACUGACUCCAGAAAGAGUGACUGUAAGUUCGGCAGAGCUGGUAGUCAGAACGUGCUGAUCAUGGAGCCCAGUUCUACAGGGACGAUGCAGAGGAUGCAGAGUGAAAAGAGCAUCCUGGAUGAACCUGACUCUCCUCUAGAGGUGAGUUAAGUAAUUCAGCGUGGUCUCUUAUUUUGUCUUUUUUGGCUAAAAUUGAAAUUAAAUGUUUAGUAUUAUGCA